GCUACUAACAGCAUUUUAUUUCUUUUAAUUUUCCAAUCAAUUUCUCAUUUCUCCUUUGUUUUUGACCCUCUUUAGAUUUGAGGAAGAAUGAUGAACGGAGGAAGAGGAGGAAUAGGCUCAAGAAUGGGAGAUGAAGAUGAAAUAGGCACAAAGUUUGUUGACACAGGAAACCAUAUGCCGAGAUCGAAAUUCGGUAACAUGAUGCAUUCUGAUCCAAACCUUUCAGCAACAGCAGCGGCAAUACCCCGUGAUGAAGUUUUCGGCUAUCGAAAUAGCAGUGCUUCCUUAACAGGUCCCGCCAGUUUUGACCCUAACAGGAUGAGCUGUGAGGGGUCUCCUAUGACCAUGUCACCCUGGAACCAAACCGCUGGUGGUUCCAAUUUUCCGUGGUCAUUCGAAGAAAACCUUCCUCAAAAUGGGCUAAUUGGUUCGCUUGUUCGCGAAGAAGGUCACAUUUAUUCCUUGGCUGCCACCAAGGAUCUUCUUUAUACAGGUUCUGAUAGCAAGAACAUUCGUGUGUGGAAGAACUUGAAGGAGUUCUCUGGAUUCAAAUCGAGCAGCGGUUUGGUGAAAGCCAUAAUAAUUGCUGGUGAGAAGAUUUUCACCGGUCACCAGGAUGGCAAGAUACGAGUAUGGAAGGUUAUCCCAAAGAAUCCAACAAUACACAAGAGAUCAGGAACAUUGCCUACGUUAAAGGAAAUACUCAAGAGCUCUAUCAGACCAAGCGCGUACGUCCAAGUUCGAAACCGUUCUGCUCUUUGGAUCAAGCAUUGUGAUGCCAUUUCAUGUUUGACCCUCAGCGAGGACAAAACCCUUUUGUAUUCUGCUUCCUGGGACCGGACUUUCAAGGUAUGGAGAAUCUCAGACUCUAGAUGUCUUGAAUCAAUCAAUGCCCACGAUGAUGCUGUUAAUUCUGUCGUGGCGAGUCUAGAAGGCUUGGUGUUCACAGGCUCAGCUGAUGGAACGGUGAAGGUGUGGAAACGAGAGCAACAAGGCAAAACGACAAAGCAUUCUCCUGUUCAAACAUUGUUGAAACAAGAGAGUGCGGUUACAUCAUUGGCCGUGAACACCUCUGGUUCGGUUGUGUACUGUGGGUCCAGUGAUGGAAUGGUAAAUUAUUGGGAAUGCGAGAAGCAGUUAUCCCAUGGUGGGGUACUUAAGGGCCACAAACUUGCUGUUCUGUGCCUCGCAGCCGCAGGGAAUCUGGUCUUCAGUGGAUCAGCUGACAAGACCAUAUGCGUGUGGAGAAGGGACGGCAAGCUUCAUGCAUGCAUAUCUGUGCUGACAGGGCAUACUGGACCUGUGAAGUGCCUGGCGGUGGAGGUGGAUCAUGAGAAAUCCAAAGACGAUGAUCAACGGUGGGUUGUGUACAGCGGGAGUCUGGAUAAGUCUGUGAAGGUUUGGAGUGUGGCUGAGAUGGCACCUGAUAUGUAUCAAAUGGCCAUGAUGCAACAGCAGCAGCAAUAUCAGCAACAUAUUGGUUCUGAUGCAGAUUCAUUGCCAUCUGACGAAAGCAGCAGAGCUGGUAAGAACAGGGGGGAGUAAUCUCCAGAUCCUUAAACUUUAAUGGCAAGAUGUAAUCAAGAUU